AUGGCCAGUCUCAAGCACGAACUCGAUCAGUGGAACGAGGGUGUGAUGGCAUUCGACCAGGGCCUGUACGAGGAUGCCCUCGAGUGCUUCGAGCCCAUUGCCGAUUCAGCAAAGAUCCACUUCAACAUCGGUGUCGUCCUUGCCACCCUGGGAGACUUUGAAGGAGCAGGUGCUGCUUACGAACUAGCAACCAAGCUCGACCAGUACCUCGCAAUUGCAUACUUCCAGAACGGAGUCGCCAACGUCGCCCUUGAAAACUAUGCCAAGGCCUUGACCUGCUUUCAUGAUGCCUACUUGUAUCUUCGCGGGAACAUGGUCAUCGACUACACACAAUUGGGGCUGGACUUCAAGCUGUAUUCGUGCCAAGUACUUUUCAAUCGCGCCUUGUGCUACAUUGAACUCGGCGAAAUGGAUCUUGGUAUGACCGACCUCUGGCGCGCCACACGGGAAAAGCAGACAAAGGCACACGACAUGUUGGAUCAGGCACUCAGGGAUAAGGGUCAGGACUGCACCGUCUUCACCGUCCCCCAGGGGGUUCUUUAUCGGCCAGCAGAGUCCAAGGUCAAAAACUCGAAAAAGAAGGACUACCUUGGCAGCUCCAAGGUCAUUGCUGCCGUCGAUGCCUCGGACCAGUUUGCAGGAUUCAAGGGGAAGUCAGCCUGGCAGGUCCAGAUGAGUGGCCCAACUAAUGUUGCCUCGACAGAAGAGCGACCAAUGACGCCGCCCAAUGGACUUCAACGCCGCGCCACAGAGCGCGUUGUCCCUGGGGGCGUAACAGGAAGGGCAAGGAGAGAUACCGACCCCGAGAGACCUCACAUGUUGGAGCAUGCAAACUCAUUCAACGGCACCGAAGCUAUGACCCGUCGCGGUCCCGGCCCUUCUGCUCUUGGCCCAGCUGGAUCUGAGCCUCGAACCCAGAUGCUGACCAGGCGCAACACUGAGGCGCAGAGACCUUCACCCCUCGAUAUCGACAACAGCGCGUACCCACCCACCAGCCGCUCCAAUGGCCCCAACUCUGCAGCCCCCGGAGGACCAGGAGCAGGAGGAAGGAACAGAUAUCAGGAUGACAUGGAUGACGUUGACCAAUAUAUCAACGCGCUCUCUCUGGACUCACAGCAAUCGCCCUCGGACCUGCGCGUCUCACCCAUCCCGGCUCGAUCCAACUCGGGCUCCAACUUGCGCCCAGGCAUGCAUCGCAACCAAUCACAUUCUAAUGGACCUUCGCCUCCACCGUCGGUUUAUGAUGGCACUAGCCCACCCAAUGGCCGGUCGGUCGGACCUGUGGUAGCCGAUUUGAGGCGGAUGGGCAGCAAUACGCGUGGAUUGAACCGUGAGGACAGUGUUCGCAGCAAUGCCUCUGGCGGCAUGUACCAAGGCUCACAGAUGAACUCCAGCCCACUGGCAUACAGCAAUAGCGUCAGCAGUAACGGUACUCCCCGAUCUGAGGAAGGAUCCUCCUACCUCGACGAGCCUGUUUACAAGGGCCUUCGCGACAAGCUUCGCGUGAAGUGCCAUUACAUUGACACGAGGGCAGUUCUUGUCAGGGUCGACACGCCUCUCCAGGAACUGUUGCAAAAGGUUCAGGAAAAGUUCCAGGCAGAUCGACCUCUCAAACUCAAGUACAAGGACGAGGAUCACCAUAUGCUGUCGAUGAUCGAUGACGAGGACUGGUUGAUGGCCCAGCAGGUUCAGAUGGAGACCCAGGGCAGUCUUGAUCGCAUGGAGCUCUGGUGCUUUGACGACGAUUAG